AUGACCGGCCCUGGCCCCUGGACACACAAAGGACCAACCGACAUAUCGACAAUUGAAUCCCUUGACAUCGAAGACUUCGCGCCCGGAAAGUUUGAGAAGUUUUGGCUCAACAUAUCUGUCUCUGCACUCGGGCCAGUCAAUGUCCCUGUUUUCGCAUAUCGCGGUUUUGCUCCUGGCCCGACCGUGGGAAUCAUUGGCGCGAUUCAUGGUAACGAGGUAAAUGGGAUCCCAGUGAUUCAACAGAUAUUUGCGCGUCUUGAGAAAUCGUUGCGAAGCGGAGGCGUAGUGGGGACAAUAACAGGUACUCUUAUCGGAAUUCCUGUACUCAAUGUACCGGGUUUCUUGGAUUCCGUUCGCUCGUUUGAUGGUCACGACCUCAAUCGACUCAUGCCUGGCAAAUCCAAUGGAGCUGCACCGCAGCAAUAUGCCUACCGUGUCUUCCACGAGAUUGUCACGAAGUUGGACUAUGUAUUCGAUCUUCACACAGCAUCCGUCGGUCGACAGAACUCGUUGUAUGUUCGCGCUGAUAUGAACGAUGAUAAUAUCAACAAAAUGGCAACCGAUCUCAGUCCUCAAAUAAUCGUGCACAACUCGAGUCCAGGUGGUUCGCUCCGUGGAUGUGCCCAGCAGAAUGGCAUUAAAGCACUGACAAUUGAGAUUGGCAAUCCGAGCACUUUCCAGCAUGAUCUUAUCAUGAGAACUGUCGACGGCAUUUCAACAGAGUCCAGUCAUUUGCUGCCGAAGCUCUACAAGAAGGUAGCCGAGACUCUGAGAAAAGGGGAAGUUAUAGCAGAGAUACAUUCCGUAUUCGGGGAGUUACUCCAGCGUAUUGUCGCUCCUGACGAGCAUGACACAGUGAUUAUCGGCCUGGAAUCCAACCCUGUCGCUAAAUUGGGCAACCGAAUUGUCCACCUUGGUGUCAUUGGGAAUGGCUUUCUGGAAGUGGUGAACGAUGGUCAUCUCUAA